UACCUAAUCUAAGUGAACUUCUUUGCUGUUACUGUGCUGCAGCAUUGAUGGACAGGAGGCGGCCCGGGAAAGCCGUCUCGGCGCAUAUAAAGGGCUGCCGUCGGGGCGGGCAGCGCCGCUCGCUCCCGGGACCCCGCUGCCACCCGUCCGCCCUCCCUCCCAUCCGCCGCCGCCGCGACAUGGCCGCCGGCCGCCGCCUCCCGCUGCCCGCGCUGCUGCUGCCGCUGGCUUGCGCGGCCCUGGCCCCGCGCACCCUCACAGAGAAGCAGCGCGCCUGCCUGCUGCCCCCCGACGACGGGCCCUGCCGCGCCCUGGUGCCGCGCUGGUACUACGACAGGUACACGCAGAGCUGCCAGGAGUUCACCUACGGGGGCUGCCACGGCAACGCCAACAACUUCCUCACCUUCGACGACUGCGAGAAGAGCUGCUGGACCAUCAAGAAAGUGCCCAAAUUAUGCCGGAUGGAAGCUGAUGGAGGACCUUGCAGGAGUCAUCUAAAAAGAUAUGCCUUUAACUUGAGCUCAAUGAGGUGUGAAGAGUUCAUCUAUGGUGGCUGUUACGGAAAUGGCAAUAACUUCAGAGAUUUGCAGUCUUGUGUGGACCACUGUCUGCCAGAGAAAACUGGUCCUUUGCUAUGCUAUAGCCCAAAGGAUGAAGGAUUGUGUUCUUCUUCUGUGCCUCGCUAUUACUAUGACACCAAGACUAAAUCAUGUAAGGAGUUCAAAUAUACCGGCUGUGGUGGAAAUGCCAAUAACUUCGUUACUGAAACGGAUUGUUACAAUGUCUGCAGAAAAGCAGGGACUCAGAAACCAAGAAUCGACAAGCCAAUGAAUGUAUUCCGCAGAAAAAUGAUGAGAAAACUGAUUAAAAAACCUCAGACGUAUAACCCGAAGUCUUAAAGCUGAUGUGCACUUGGAUGUUUGAAACAUCCUUUGAUUCCACUUUCUUCUUUUGUAAGAUAGUUUUUACACAGUUUUAUACACCGACAUAGUUCUGUCUUUCAGAACUGCUUUUUAUUUCCAAUUUACUUUUUAUAAAGAACUGCAUUUAAUAGAAGAAGAAUGAACCUAAGUUUGGUUCUUCUGCUCUGUUGUCUUUGCAGUAAUACUUUGGCAAAGCCAGGUAUUUAGAUUUCCAUGUUUUUAUGGGGGAAUGUUACUACUGCCUUGGGAGAAUAUUUCAGCUGUUACAAAUAAAGAUUUGAAAAAUCAAUUAUAUCUUAGUGUAACUAAGGAGAGUACAAAACUAAAUCUCUACCAU